GCAUUCUUGCAACCACAUUCACCGUUCACUUGAACUACUGCGUUCGGUAAAAGAAGAGCACACUACGCGCGUAUAUAUCGUAUCGCUUCGUACACCGACAGUAAAAUCGAUCAAAAAUUUCAACAGGUUGCCGGUAACUCUUAUUCACGCCCUAAAUAUUCGAAUUUACCGCUUUGAAAACUAUUGUCGAAGUGCCGGCAAAAACAAACGAGGGGCGUCCUGUUAAUUGUUUUGUAAUCGAAAUGGCAAAGUUUUUUAAUUAAGUGUUUAAUUUAUUUAUUGUACCGUUGCAAAGUGAAAUUUUUUUUCUUGUUGUGAAGUGUUAGACUAACAAAAUUAUCGCAUUUGUUAUAAUUUCAUUUCUGGAUAUCACAAAAAGCUUUCUUCGUAUCAAUAUGGAAACUUUCAUUGUGGAUAAAUCUUUUUACGAUUUUGGAACUGCUGAAGAACUGAAAGAAUUAUGGGAGGCUGAUUUAGAUCCGGCAAUGCAAGAAGUAUUAAAAAUGCAAUCGGGCGAUAUGACGAUAGAAUGGAGUUAUAUACCGAGCAAAGAUUUACCAGGUGUGAUUCUUCACGAUAGACUCAUGACGGACGCCGCUUUGGGAACUAGACCAAUCAAAACUGAACACUCAUACAGUUUAACAUCGGAUGGGGACAGUUUACCGGAUUCACCAACUUCACAUCAUAAAGUCGACGACAUGGAAGAUGAGUGCUUUCCGGCCAUUUCAAUGAAAACAGCUUGUGGAAACCUUCAGCAUGAUCCUUUGAGUAUUAAAGAUGAGCCAAACAGCGAAACGGAUAGCAAUCAUUCGUCAUGUCCUUCGUCACCUCAAUCAAUCUACGUUAAUGCAAGCAAUGUUCCUUUAGAUGUCGAAAUGCCUCCCAUAAGUAUCUCCCAUACAGGACUAAUAAAAUCAACAACAAACACGUUAUUGACGUCUCCUCAUACAGUGAUCCCCCAAAGAUUACAGUUACCACUACAAAAAGCUACACCUACUGUCAAAAUCGAAGCGACAACUUUCCAUAAUCUACCUCCGACACCACCGUCUUGCAGUAGUAGCGAAGAUAGUGAAGAUAACGGUACUAUUUCCCAACCGAGUUCCCCCGCUGCCAGAAAAACCGCCCGCCUCUUAUUAAAUCAACCGUCCACCAGGCAACCUAUCAACACGCCACUUAUCAGUAGUCAACCGAAAGGUUCAACUGGCACUCUAGUCCUUACAGAAGAAGAAAAAAGGACGUUAAUUGCAGAAGGUUAUCCAGUUCCUACCCGCCUACCACUCACAAAAGCAGAAGAAAAAUCUCUAAAGAAAAUUAGGAGGAAAAUUAAAAAUAAGAUAUCUGCUCAAGAAAGUAGGAGAAAAAAGAAAGAGUACAUGGACCAGUUAGAGAGAAAAGUCGAGCACCUUGUUACUGAAAAUACAAAUUAUAGACAAAAAAUAGAAUUCCUAGAAGAUUCCAACACAAACCUGCUCAGCCAACUACAAAAAUUGCAGGCCAUCGUGGCUAGGACGCACCCGCAAAUUAUUAAACAGCUUAAACAGAUACAAUAAUUCCGAAAAUCAACAAAAUCGAUUAUUUUUAAUAGUAUUUUUAUUUUUCGUUAAUCAGCUAUUUCAAGUUAUAGAGUACAAAUUUGUAAAAUCUGUUCGUAACAAUGACGUAUAUUAAUUUUUUCUUGUUGCCAAAAUAUCACCAAUUUUGUGAUUGCUUAUGAAAUAAUCAUUAUUUUUUCAACAUCAAUUUAUAUUAAAUACAAAAUUUAAUAUUAAUGGUUAGUUCUCGAAAAUACAAUCACAAAUAAUCCUCUGGAUUUUUAUCGAUAAAAACAACAACGCCAGAGUCUUCCAUCUUUUUGAUUUUAUAUACAUACAUUCCACAAAUUGAAAUAUAUAUAAAUACCAAAGGUUGAAUGUAGGUAAAACGAGCUCAAGAAAAUAUUUUUCUAUGAAAUGUAUCAAGAAAAAAAAUAUUAUAUUUACUAUAAAUCGUGUACUUAGGAUUAUAUUGUAAAUAAAUUACGUGGGCUGAAGUGCCUUAAAACUAAACGAAAAAAAUGUAGAAACAAUACAUUGAUUUGGGUAAGUUAAUCAUCAGCUAAUUGAUGUGUUAAUAAUAUUACAAAUAUAAUCUUUCAAAUCAAGAGAUUGGAAUGAAUAGGUAAAAAAUGUUAAAAAACAUUCAAACAUACAAGUUAUCAUGUCUAAUGUGAACUAUUUAUUGAAAAGAUGCUGACAACACAAAUUAAAUAGAAGUAUGUUGAAAAAUCUGCCACUUACAAAUAAUACCUGAUAGAGAAGAUUACGAAGAAGCUUUAUGAUCUCAAAGACACAAUCCUAAACUUUUUUUACACAAUUAAACAUUAUUUGUUUGUUUAUAAAAACAAUUUCCAUCUACUUAAUGGGAAAAAAGAAACAUUAUCAAUAUUGAAAAAUCUUACAUUAAUCACACAAUAAUAACAUAAUUAUGCACCAAUAAUGCUGAUAAAAAUAUUGGGUGAAAACUUGGGAAUAAUUGCUAUAAAAUAUGUGAAACUUUCAGUUUGAGUUCAAAACGGAAAAUUUACAAUUAAUUUAUUAAUUGAGAUUUCUUUAUUUUUUUUUUCAAACUCAGAUUCGUUUGAUUCGUACAACGACACUUAAAAAUUCAAAAAGGAUAUAUAAAGAACAAAACCGUCAAUAUAACAUUGACAUUGUAAAAGACCAGGUGUUGAUGUUCCAUCAACAAAAUAUUUCAAAUGGGUUGUACCUUUGAAUAUUCCAUUAUUAACUAACGGAAACUAACCCGGAUCAUUUUCAUUGUUGAUCAAAAACUGAUCGAGUUAAAGGGUUGUAGUCAUAUGAUAUGAUCCUUUCUACCCUAGUACACCAGUGAGUAAAUAUGAACAGCUGACGGGUUGUGUCGUUUGUGUAAGUUUUUUUGGAUCUAAAACUUAAUAAUUCCCUAUAUAUGGUUGUCUAUGAUUAGUUAUCUUGAGCAGAAUAAUUGAUAUAUUUUCGGAAUAUCAGCAAAAAAUAGCUUAUUGUAUGUAUGUGUGAGUGAGGUUAGGAAACUGUGAUCAAAAUAUGGUUCUGGAUUAAGAUGCGCAAUCAGCUGAUAUAUGACCUUGGAUCAUAGUUACCAAAUAGCCCUAUAGCGAGUCUUCAAAGAAUCCACUUAGCUUUACAACCAAGAUGUUCCUAUCAAAUUAACAUAAAAGAUUUUACAAAUAGUCUAGUAAAAUAUGUUCCAGAGAAGAUAAAACUGCAUAAUAGAAAAUCAUCAUUCUUUUUGAAAAACAUCCAAUAGUCUAAAAGGUGUUUGUAUAAAAUGCCCUUACAUAUGUGUAGGUUGGUACGUACAAAUGGAAACAAUUUUCAGUUCUAGUGCUUCUUUAAAAACUAGUAUUGCUGCCAAUGAAAUAUUGAUUAAGAAAACUAUUGUACUUUUGAGCAGAAGAACUUCGAGAUAUGCGAUUAAUGAAGAUUUUUUUGUGAAUAAUAUAAAUAACUCAACUUCUACUAAAUUAACUGAUGAUUGCUUUACGACAUUUCUUGUACUGUUUUUAUAUAAUGUAAAAUAUAAUGACAUUUUUCGGGAACUUUACAAUAUGAGUAAAAAAGAUUGGGUUUUAUGCUACUACGUAUUAUUAUGGGUCUAACUUAAUAUAUUUGCGUAUCAUUAUACAUAAAUGUAUAUUUUUUGAAAGAGCUGAGUCGGGACCAUGCUUUUUGUAUGAUGCUUAAUUUUUUAGAGUAGAUCGCUUAGGAACUCGUUUAGAUUAUAGUGAGAGCAUUAAGGAUAAACUAAAACAAUUAUCGACAAGAAAUUUCAUUUUUAGAUUGAUUAAUGUGUUCCUUAAUGUUCGAAACACCAUCAGAAUAUAACUUUUGUACAAUUAUCACUUGAUGAUUAAUUAAAGUAUUAAUUGGUUAUAAUUAAAAAAAUCAACAUUAUUAUUUAGCACUAUCACUAGUAGGUUCAAGUUCAAGAGUUCUCCUAAAGUUUUCUGGAUCCUGUUUGCUAUUUUUAGAACAUUUUCUAUGAUUGUAUGUUCCACACACAUUGCAGUAAAAAAAGAUGAAAAUUGUUCAACAAAAGAAGAAAAUUACUCAGCUGAAUAAACAGUAGGAAAUUUAUGUGUAAACUUUUAAACACUUUGUCAAUAAGUUUUGGAACAAACGUAUGUAGUGUUGGCUAUCUGCAUUUACUGAUAACACUGAUAAUGGAAGUUUCAUACACAAAAAUAAAGAUACAAGAAAAAAUUAAGAUUCUGCUAUGUAUUGAGCAGGAUUGCUGGCUGGUACUGCCGAUUUUUUCUUUGUUCUUAAUUAUUUGCAGACACAUUUCAUUGCAUUGGUAAUGCGUAAUUUGUUGUUAAUUUCAUUUACAUAUCUAAACGGCCAUGUGCAGUACACUUUUAAUGGCUCUACUCUUGGCAUCAUGUUUUUUUCCUUUCUUGGGGUUGAUUUGAAUUACCUAGUUGCAUGUGUUUUCCAGUCGCCGUUGAACAUUCAUAAUAUCCUUUUUCUUAUUCUUUGAGACAGAUAUGAUGGAUAGUUUUCUGAACUCAAAAAUAAUAGUUCAAUUUAUUGAGAAUCAACAGUUGAGGGGUUUGGUGUUUAAUAGUACAACAGUAAAUUUUUUAUCCCUUAUGUUCUGAAGAGAAUUAUAUGAUCAGGAUUUGCAUUUUAAUGAUUGAUUUGAAAUAAUUUGAUAUGCUUACAGAAUGAUCUUCAGCAAUUUGCCUAAGAUGCUUUGACAAAUUAACUCUGUUUUAAUUAUGCUUUGUAAUUUUAUCAUUAGAAAAAGGAAGUGAAGGGGAAUUUGAGUGAAAUUCAAGUCAAUUAUUGCAAUUUUACAUUAAUUAAUCAUCUAGUUUUUUUAUACAGAAUAUACAGAUAUUAGGAAAUCUUAUACCUCAUCUACAGAUUUUAUUCUAUACAAUAUUUCCUUCAAGUUGGUUCGUACUUUUUUAUUAUUGAUUUUACAAAAAAAAUUACUCCUUUUAAAAACUUGUUAAUGUUCCAAAAUACAAACAUUGAGUUUUUCAGUCUUAUAUGCGGUUUGUUAAAUAGUAAGUAUUUUACUGACGAGUAAAGUACCUAUAUAUUUGACUAUCGAAAAUUGAGUACAAAACUAAAAACUAUUUUAAAAUGUUCAAUUACAUCUAUUUAUACAUAUACAUUUUUUAAGAGAUUGUUGUAUUUUUAACUAUUAUUCUUAUCAUGAAUGAAAGUGAUUACAAAACAUCUCGUAUCUCAAGGUUUUCUAAUAAUUUUGAUAUUUAAUGAUUACAUAUGCAUUUAUUUUGCUAAUAAUAAAUAAAUUCAAAUACAUCUUGAGUUGUGUAACUCACAUAAUAUUAAUACAUUACAUGAACAAAAAUUUAACCUAAUGAAACAACCUUUUCUGGUAAAGUUUUUUGUCACUUAACCCUAUAAGUAAUCAAGAGAGGUUAGGCGAGGGGAUCUAACAGAUCAAAACUGUGAAUAAGUUUUCGAUGAAACAUAUAUUCGGUAUAUUUCCUAUCGUUUAAUGUACUAUGGUAUGCCUCACACCAUCUUUUUGGUAACAAAUACAUUGACGUUCUUUUAAGGGUAGUUUGUCCAUGAAUUCAUUGAUUUAAGUUUAUGAAAACUGUAAAUAUUUUGAAUUGAUAGGUUGGCGCACAAAAAGUAGCGAUGAUGUUGAUACGAGACGAUUCCGAUGGAUAAAAAUGAUAUUUUUCGCAAACAAAGGGUAAAUGUGUGAAAAAUUGUUAAUUUGAUUGGUCUAUUAUUGAAGGAGUUUUAAAUUCUUGGCAACGUAUUACUCAUAUAAUUCUUUUGCAUCAACCACUUUCUUUUGCAUAAUAAUAUUUGUUUUAUUUGACCGAAAAAACUCAUAUUCUAAUAUGCAAUAAGUAUUCGCCACUUUUCUUGAAAGUAUUUUUAAAAUUUAUUUUCUAUUAUCAUAACAGUUGAGUUAGUAAUAUUAUUAUUAAUAUGUCUGUUGUUAAAUAUUUCUUGCUAUCAACAAAUAAUUUGAUUGUCAGACCAUCCUAGAUUAUAUAUAGCUAAAGUAGCAUUCUUUUCAUACAAAAAUGGAAAAAUUGAUUUUGAUAAUGAAAAUGGAUGUGAUUGCAUACUUGUACCGAUUUUUUUGUCUUCAUUUUUCUAUAUUAUUAUAUAUAAAGAUAUUCUUGUAGAAUUCAAAAUUUUUGUCAAACUGAAUAUACAAAUGAAAAAUUUAAGCGGUUGAUAAAUGUUUAGAAUAUGCAAAACUUUUUAUAAUUAAAUAUUUCUUAAAAAUUGAUAAUAAGAUUUUAAUAUAGUUCCAACUUAGGGGGAUAUAUUACUGCUUUUAGGGGACACUAAACAGAAGUUUUUUCAAAAAAAUAUCAAAUAAAUUCAAUUAUAUAUAUCAUGAAAUCAUCAUGGUUUAGUGAAAUGGUUCUCCACAUAGACGUUCCAAUCCGUUAUAUCUUUGUUUACUAAAGUGCACAAGAAAGGUGAAGGUGAGUUUAUUAUUUCCUGUUGGAAAGACUAGGUUUGCGAACAUUGUUCGUCUAUUCAUUUUUGUAUAAAGUGGAAUAAAAUACUGAAGAGAUUAGGUUUGUGCCCACGGUUUCUCUAUUUACUCUUGCUUGUUGAACACAUUUAAUUAAUGCUUAUAGUUUAUUUUUUUAUGAUUAGAUCUUAUUGACUGUGCUCAAUAAUGUGAUCCCAUUAAAAUAGUUUCUGACUUACUAUUACGUGGCAUUUUUUCUAUUGUGAAGUUUGAUCAUAAUAAUUUUCAAUGAUUCAUGUUAAUUUCUUAUAUAUCUAUUACUGAUGCCUUCUCCAGAUUUUUUUACCCUAUAUUUUUCAUGAAAACGUUAAGUUUCCAAAUAUUUGUUAUAUGAAGUAUAUUUUCCUAACAAACAGACUGAAAGUUUGAAUAGAGAAAUUUUAUACACACACAUAUUUAACUUAGUUAUUGUCUGAAUAAAUGUAAAAUCGUUAUAAGCUUAGCAAAUAUUUAUAUACAGGGUAGUCUGAAUAAGUAUCAUUUAGAGAUACCUUAUUGAUCUAGUUUUCAAAUUCUAAUAAUUCAAAAUAUUAAUUGGAUUAUAAAGUAUUAUAUUUAUAUUGUGUUUCAAAAAUUUCGUAAUAAUUACAAAAUUGAUAUUGACUUGAAUUACAAAUUAAUAUUUUGUGAAUUAGUUGCUAGUAAAAAUUUGGAAAUAAAAUGUUUUAUUGGCAACACUGCAUAUUAUAAACAAUAUAAAAAAUUCAAUUAUAAUCUGCCAGUUAUUAUUACUUUGGAAAUUAGAUUCGAAUUGGUAGUCAUAUAAACAUAAAAAUGUAUUAUAAUGUACAGGAUGUCCAGGAUACAGAAAUUCGAGAUCGAGUACUUUCAAUCAAAAUAAUGUAAGAAGUGAUAUCUGCCAAUAAAUUUUAUAUAUAAAAUAAUUUAUAUACAAGUAUAAUGAACUAAAAUGUUCAUUAUAAAGUUAUAAAACUAAAGAAGAUGACUUUGAAAAUCUGCUGUUAUUCAUUACUCAUAAAAACCAUAUAUAUCUUUGACAAUGAAUAAGAUUUUGUGAAAACUUUAAUGAUAUUAAUCAAUUUCUGGACACCCUGUAUGUACUGUCAUGUAUUGUAUAUGAAAAGUGAAAAUUCAGUACUUAUUUGUUAUAUUUAUUUUAACAAAUGUUAAGAGUUUUAUGUUGUAAAAUUUAAUUAAUAAUAUAUAUAGCAAUUAAGGGAAAUACAUUUAACCACAUGAUCUAUCGAUUUUGUCAAUUUUAGUAAGUAGAACACUUGUCAAAAUAUGAUCGGCUUCCUUUCUCAUGAUUCAACAAAAUGUUUCAUAUUAUAAAAACAUUCAAUUGGAGGAGUGACAGAAUACACAUAUGGUAGGUUUACAAGAGACGUAAGCCAUGGUGUUCUUGGGAAGCGUGGCUCAAGGUUAGUGUAAAAAGACAUUUUGUGUUUAAUCAUUGUGGUACCUGUCACGGUUGUUACGUAAAAUACCAAACACGUUGGAUACUCCAGUGGUUAAAUCAAAAUCUUUACCCGGCAUUUUAAAAUGUUUCUGAAAUCUUUCAUUUCACAGCUCACACUGGAGACUUAAAUCUACCAUUAUUUUUACACUGUUUUUCUUGCCUUGUACAAUAUCACAUUUCCAACUUUAAUUUGUAAUCGUUCUUUUGAUUGAUUAGUAAGCCAGCACAUGCCUCUACCACUAACCUCUCCUAUCGUACUAAAACACGAUUCGUGUCACGUUCAUGGCUUCUGGAUUGUGUAAACUUACUAUUAUACAAAAUGUUUUUGAAGCCGAUGCUUUGGGACUAAUAAUAUUUCUAAUAAUUAAUAACUAAUUGACAAUUUUCUAAAAUGAUUGAUAAUGAAAUAUUUUGUGUUAAUAUACCUGCAAUUAUAUUGUAUAUAAAUAUUACAUAUGUCCGUUGCAUUAUUCAGAGUUUAAAAUAUUUUAUAUUGUUAUACAAUUGAAAAUUUAUUUAGGAAAAAAUGCAUCCGAUUAUUUAUUAUUAAAUAAUUUGAGAUUAGGUUUUCAAAAUGAGAAAAAAAAUGAAUAUAGACUACUUAGAAUUCCUUACAAUCAUUUUUAUUCUUUUAAAAAACAAUGUACGAUAUAGAUAGUUAACAAGAGUAGAAGUUAGUGAAAAUACCUAGAAACUGCUAUAAGAAGAAACCGUAAAGAAAUUAACUGAAAAGGGACGAAGAAAAAACAGAAGCAAUUCACAGAAAGGGACUCUAAAACAUUUUCAAUGAGAUAACCUUCCAAAAAUAUACAUAGAACAUAGUGGCAAAGAUGUUAUACAGAACCAAAAAGACAACUUAAAGAGAAUAGAAUAGGAACGAUAGAAAAUGAAAUAUAUAUUAAUUGAUUCAGGUAUACAAAGAGAAAAAACAACAGAAAGAGAAAUACAAAAAAAAAUAAAUUUGAAAGUUAAAGUCAAUAAUUGAAAAAAUCUUCAUGUAUGUGAUAAAUGUGAAGUACAGUGGUGUAUAAUGAACAGAAGUAAACAAAUGUCUUGCUAAGUUGCUUGUCAAGAAGGAAAUCAAACCAAACCAUAUCUGAAACAAUUAACAAAAGAAAUAUUCUUGUUCAACAGAAGUAUAUACAGCAGAAUGUCUUAGGAAACAACUUAGAGAGAAUAGGCUAAGAACAAGAGAAGAUAAAACAGAUAGAAAUUUAUACGGGUAUUCAAUUCACAGUAUAUCGUCAUAAUAGUAAGAACUCACGGCAAGGGAAAGAAUGAGAGUAAAUAUGAAAACAAUUCCAAGGAGCUAAAAUAAAACUAUUAUAUAUACCUUUACAUGAAGAAAGAGAUGUCCAUGUAAUAUUUCCAGAAUUUCCCAAAGCUUUACGUUUUUAGAAUUUAGAUCCUAAAUAUCUAAGAAAAAUCCGAAUGAUUUGGAAAAUAGAGCAAACAACCGACAAAAUAUUAAUGCCAAAACAAAUACAAAAGUUAUACCCAUAGAAAAUGUUAACAAACCUAAACAAAUGUUUUGAUAAGUUAAUAUUAACUAAUAUAUUUAUUGUUGUUUGGAAUUUUCAGUUGUCUAUGUUCAGUAUUAAUUUUUUUAUCGAAGAUUUUACAGUAGGGGAGUCCAAUAGUAGAAAUUUGGGUUUUCUUGAGAAAAAUGGAGAAUAUUUUAGAUUACAGAAAGAGUGGAAGGUUUUUUAAUAUUUCUCCUUUCUGUAGUGUCAGAUAUUAAUAGUUUUGGUAUUCCAACCUGUCUAUAUAACGAAGUUUUAUUUAACUGCUAGGAGAGACAGCAGGAAAAAAAAUAUUCAAGUGUAUCAGUUCAAAGACAAUGUUAUGUAAGUCCUGAAAAUUCAAAUACUAAUGAUUCCAGUCAUGCUAUUAAAAAAUAUGACGGAUAUUCCAAAGAGUUUUCUAGAACUGAUGGUUGAAAAUAUUUUAUGCCAAGAAAGCGUUUAGGAAUAAAAAUAUUUUAUCAUUUCUCGAGUAUGGUUUUUUGAUAAAAUUAGUAAACACUCAGAACUUUAUUGAACGACAAUUAUAACACUAAUUUAGAAUACUAUUAACAAUUUAGUAAUUGUCACUUCGAAAAUAUAUCACUUUAUACCACUCGUAUAUACUAUACUCCUGCUUUAUACAAGUAAUGUUCCAAAACAUGGUAGAACCUUCUAUAUUAACAGCCAAGUUUUUCCAGAAAUGCCUUGAACUAGUUCAACGGUUACCCAAUAGAUGUACUAUUUCUAUAAUUUCCACUACAUAAACAUAAACGACUGACACCAACAGAUGGCAUGCGCCUGUGUCAGUUAUAAUAUGAAAAAUUCUGUAGAUUUUUUAAUUAAAAUUAAACAAUUAAAAAAAUUUUUUGUCCAUCUUUAUAUUCAUUAGAGGAAACAUAUUUGUAUCUGAGAGAAUCAGACAGAAAAAGUGGAAGAUAAAGACAGAUGAGGAGUGGAAAACAUAUGCUUCACUCCAGCUGCACCCACUAAAAUUUAUCAACGAUUUUGGCAACUACAAGUUGUAGAAAUUUAUUUUUGUAUUAUUUUCUACAAAUAAAAAUAAAAACAAUCUCACUCGAAAAUAUCAAAUAAAAAUUUUUUGACUCUUCUUCAAUUAACCCAAAUUACUUUAAUCUGACAUGUUCAAAUAUUUCUGAAGAUCAACGAUUUCUUACAAAAUAUUAAUUUGUCGGGUUUGAUCUAGUCCCAAAAUCACGUUUGGACUCUACUACUAUCAGCUUUCUAUUUUUAAUUUUAAAUAAAUCCCUAUUUUUGUAUAUAGAGCGUUGCGAAGUUAAAGUAUAUUUACUAUACUUAAAUGAAAUUGAAAAAUAGACUAAAUGAAAAUUUACUAAAUUAUCUAAAACAGUUAUAAGAUAAUGUAAUGAAUUUUCCAGUCAAUAAGUAAUUUAUAUUUACUUAUUUGGAGAAAUGCUGAAAAAACUAGAGGGGUAAUUCGUUUUAUGUAUCAGCAUGUACAUAAACUUGAUUUGAUAUGAUUGCUACUCGAAAAAACAUGUUACGUAGCAGCAGUGGCCUAAUGUGUACUUAGAACUCAGUCUUAUAAAAGUGGUACUAAAAUCGAAAAAGAUGGUGCCAAAUUUUAUAAUUACAUUUUUUUUUUCGGCAGACAACAGUAAUUAAAUUUUUAUAAAUCAAGUAGUCACAAAUUUGACGUAUAAAAUUUACCCUUCUAUCUUUUUUAACAUCAAUUCUUUCAUACAAAAUGUACAAAAAUAUUUCUUUCCAAAAUGAUUUUUUAUUAUUUGUUAAAUAUGUAUUUUUGUGCAUUUCGUUUAUAUAUAUUUUGUAAUUUAUGUAACUACAAUAUUAUGUGCAACCGUAAAAUGUUUUUUUUAACUAAGGGGCCACAUAAAUUUAAGAGAUUUUUGUCUGCUUAAUUGCACUGGGUACCAAUAGCGAUUGUUUGUAAUUACAAACAUUAAUAAAGAAUAUAUAAAA